AUGGACCUGUCGGGCUGCUGCUGUUGGGGGCUCCUUCUGGUCCUUCUGCCCCCAGCAGUCUGGGGGACCCAAGUGUGUACAGGCACAGACAUGAAGCUUCAGUAUCCUGCCAGUCUCGAGAACCACCUCGAAACACUGAGCCACCUGUACCAAGGAUGCCAGGUUGUACAGGGCAACCUGGAGCUCACUUACCUGCCUGCGGACGCCAACCUUUCCUUCCUUCAGGACAUCCAGGAAGUGCAGGGCUAUGUGCUGAUUGCCCAGAGCCUGGUGAAGACUUUCCCCCUGCAGAGGCUCCGCAUCAUAAGAGGCACGCAGCUCUUUGAGGACAAGUAUGCCCUGGUCGUUCUGGACAACGGGACCCCCUUUCGGAUGCCCCCUCCCACGACAGAGGGCACCCCCGGUCUUCGGGAGCUGCAAUUUCGAAGCCUCACAGGUACCACCGAUGGAAAGGAGAGGGAUAGGAGGAACAGAAGGGCUAUGGGGGAGGCAGCCCGGGACCGAGAGGAGUCAGGCAAUUUAUUUCAUCAUUCUCCUCUUUCCCAACCCCUAGAGAUUCUGAAAGGUGGGGUCAUGAUCCAGAAGAACCCCCAGCUGUGUCACCAAGACAUGGUGCUCUGGUCGGACAUCUUCCAUAAGAACAACCACUUGGGCAUCGCCGUCAUUGAUACAAACCGCAGCCGAACUUGCAGCCCUUGUUCUUCAUCAUGUAAAUUCGGCUAUUGCUGGGGGGAAGGACCUGACAACUGUCAGAGCUUGACCAGCACAAUCUGUGCCAGUGGCUGUGCUCGCUGCAAGGGGCCUUUAUCCACAGACUGCUGCCAUGAGCAGUGUGCUGCUGGCUGCACUGGCCCCAAGUAUUCUGAUUGCCUGGCCUGCCUCCACUUCAACCACAGUGGCAUCUGUGAGCAGCAUUGCCCACCGCUGGUCAUCUACAACUCAGACACCUUUGAGUCAAUGCCUAAUCCUGAUGGGCGAUACACCUUUGGGUCCAGUUGUGUGAAAUCAUGUCCCUACAACUACCUGGCUACAGAUGUGGGGUCCACAUCCUGCACUCUUGUGUGUCCCCGUCACAGCCAAGAGGUGACUGCUGAGGAUGGGACCCAUCGCUGUGAGAAGUGUAGCAAGGCCUGCCCCAAAGUGUGUUAUGGGCUGGGCAUGGGGCAUUUGCGAUCUGUGAGAGCGGUCAACAGCACCAACAUCCAGGACUUUGUUGGCUGCAAGAAGAUCUUUGGAAGCCUGGCCUUCCUACCUGAGACCUUCGCAGGGGACUUGGCCACCAACACUUCCCCACUAAUGCCUGAAGAACUCAAGGUGUUUGAGAACCUGGAGGAGAUCACAGGCUACCUGUAUAUCUCAGCCUGGCCUGCCAGCCUCCCUGACCUCAGCAUCUUUCAGAACCUCAGGGUGAUCAGAGGAAGGGUGUUACACAAUGGUGUCUACUCCUUGACUCUGGAGCAACUGGGUAUUGGCUGGUUGGGGCUGCGGUCACUGAAAGAGCUGGGCAGCGGGUUGGCACUCAUCCAUCACAAUGCCCACCUGUGCUUCGUCCACACGGUGCCUUGGGAUCAGCUCUUCCGCAACCCCCGCCAGGCUCUGCUCCAUAGUGCCAACCGACCUGCCCAUGAGUGUGCAAGAGAGGGACUAGCAUGUUACUCCCUGUGUGCUCAGGGGCACUGCUGGGGCCCUGGACCAACCCAGUGUCUCAACUGCAGCCAAUUUCUCCGAGGAGAAGAGUGUGUGGAGGAGUGCCGGGUCAUGCAGGGGUACCCCCGAGAAUAUGUAAAGGACAGGCGCUGCUUCCCUUGCCAUGAGGAGUGCCAGCCACAGAAUGGCACUGAGACCUGCUUUGGAUCGGAGGCUGAUAAGUGUAUAGCCUGCGCACACUUCAAGGACCCUCCUGCCUGUGUGGCCCGAUGCCCUAGUGGGGUGAAGCUCGACCUCUCCUUUAUACCUGUCUGGAAGUACUCGGAUGAUGAUGGCAUUUGCCAGACCUGCCCUACCAACUGUACUCACUCCUGUACUGUACUGGAUGACAAAGGCUGUCCUGCUGAGCAGAAGCCCAGCCCAGUGACCUCCAUCAUCGCUGGGGUGGUUGGUGUUCUCCUCGCCCUCAUCAUAGGCCUCAUCAUAGGCAUCUUGAUCAAGCGUCGGAAACAGAAGGAGCGGAAACACACUAUGAGAAGGCUGCUCCAGGAGACAGAGCUGGUGGAGCCCCUGACGCCCAGUGGAGCAUUGCCCAACCAAGCUCAGAUGCGCAUCCUGAAAGAGACUGAGUUGAGAAAAGUGAAGGUUCUCGGUUCUGGGGCUUUUGGCACAGUCUACAAGGGUAUUUGGAUCCCUGAUGGUGAAAGUGUGAAGAUCCCAGUGGCUAUCAAGGUGUUAAGGGAAAACACAUCCCCCAAAGCCAACAAGGAGAUCUUGGAUGAAGCAUACGUGAUGGCAGGUGUUGGCUCUCCAUAUGUAUCUCGCCUUCUGGGCAUUUGCUUGACAUCCACGGUGCAGCUGGUGACCCAGCUUAUGCCUUAUGGCUGCCUCCUGGACCACGUGCGUGAAAACCGAGGGAGGCUUUGCUCCCAGGACCUUCUCAAUUGGUGUGUGCAGAUCGCCAAGGGCAUGAACUACUUGGAGGAGGUUCGGCUAGUACAUAGAGACCUGGCUGCCAGAAAUGUGCUGGUCAAAAGUCCCAAUCACGUCAAGAUCACCGACUUUGGACUUGCCAGGCUCCUGGACAUUGAUGAGACUGAGUACCACGCAGAUGGGGGCAAGGUCCCCAUCAAGUGGAUGGCACUGGAGUCUAUUCUGUGCCGAAGAUUCACCCAUCAGAGUGAUGUGUGGAGCUAUGGGGUGACAGUGUGGGAACUGAUGACCUUUGGGGCUAAACCAUAUGAAGGUAUUCCUGCCCGAGAGAUUCCUGACCUGCUGGAGAAAGGAGACCGGCUACCACAGCCCCCUGUCUGCACCAUUGAUGUCUACAUGAUCAUGGUCAAAUGUUGGAUGAUUGACUCUGAGUGUCGGCCUCGGUUCCGGGAGCUAGUUACUGAAUUCUCACGGAUGGCCCGAGACCCUCAGCGCUUUGUGGUCAUUCAGAAUGAGGAUUCUGGUCCAGCCAGCCCCCUGGACAGCACCUUUUAUCGCUCACUACUGGAGGAAGAUGACAUGGGAGACUUGGUGGAUGCAGAAGAGUACCUGGUACCCCAGCAAGGCUUCUUCUGCCCUGAUCCUCCAGGCCCUGGUGGCACUGCCCACCGAAGACACAGAAGUUCUUCUACAAGGGUAAAUGGCGGGGAGCUCCCAGGAGGACUGGAAGGCUCAGAAGAAGACCCUCCCCAGGCUUCAUCAGAACCCUGGGAAGGGACUGGUUCAGAUGUGUUUGAUGGGGAGGACCCCUGGCGGUCUCCUGGAGGGAGCCCUAAGGCACUUCAGGGACUCCCACCUCGAGAUCUUAGUCCCUUACAGCGCUACAGCGAAGACCCCACAAGACCACUGUCCCCUGAGAUGGAUGGCUACGUUGCCCCACCUUCCUGUGGCCCCCUGCCUGAAUAUGUAAAUCAGCCGGAGGUACACCUCCCACCCCCUUCACCCCUGGAGGGGCCUCUGACUCCUUCUCACCCACCCAGCUCCACCCUGGAACACCCCAAGUUGCCUCCUCCAGGGAAGAAUGGAAUGGUGAAGGACACAUUUACCUUUGGUGCAGCUGUGGAGAACCCCGAGUACUUGGCCUCCCAUGGAGGGGGUCCCCUUCAUCUUUCCCCAACUGCCUUCAGUCCAGCCUUUGACAACCUCUACUAUUGGAACCAGGAUCCCUCUGAUCGAGGGGCUGCCCCAAAUGGUUUUGCAGGGACACCCACAGCUGAGAACCCUGAGUACCUGGGUUUGGAUAUGACCGUGUGAUCUCUAGAAGGACCAGAUGCUGAGAUCCUCAGAAACUCUGCAUUGCACUUAACCAUGGUGGGAAAGAAACAAAGACUCUUCCUGAGUGCCCUUCAGACUCUGUAUCUGGCCAAUGAAAAGGGAUUGUCUGACAACAGAUAAAGGAGUCUGGAUAGCCACUGUCACAUUGCCCCUUCCCUUCCUUUUAGGCAGCUCUAAGGUCCCCAGCUCCUUGCUUGGGCUAUAUUUAUUGGUUUCUGAGAUCCCAGAUAUCUAGACUGGAAUCAUGGUUUGAAAUGGGACUGCAAUUCAGGAGCAUGUGGUCAGCCUUUUCCAAUGGAUCUAUGCCCCAGUCUCCUGCUCCCUCUCCUGCCUCCCACGACUGGGGUUUUCACUGGAACUUUCAGGCACCAGAGAAGAUGUCCAAGGGGAGAAGAAAGGAGGACAUGUACUCAAGAGAAAAUGUCCUUUCAUCUCUAGAAACUAAGCACCUAACUGAUUUGUUUCUGCCUCAAAUGGACAAUCAAGGCAGAGAUAAGGAUGGAAGUGUGGGAGGAACUUCAGAUCCCUGAAUAACUUGUACAUUGUUUCUUUUGAUUUUUUAAGCUUUUUUUUUUUUUUAAUGAUCAAAGAAAUGUGUGGAAGAGAUACACUCAUCUUCUCUGUAAAUAUAUUUUGGAGAACAGCUGA